AUGGACAAGCCACCAGAGCUCAAAUCAGAAUGGGAAACGGCCCUCAGGGGCGCAGGUCUCGAGGGCAAAACUCUACAAAGUCUUGACCUUCUUUCUGCGUCCAAGAUUAACAUCGAACAGUUCUUGCUACUCAAGAAGCACUACGAUGCUUGCUUUUUCAACCCGGAUCAUGUCGGCUUAGGUGGUCCAAUAAAACAAGCAAACGAUAUUCUAGCCAAUUACAAGGAUUUCGCGAACUAUCGUAGCGUCUUGACUCCCCGUAGGACAACCGCGAGUAACCAUACAAUACCCGAUCUUGGCACGUUCUCCCUUGUUGAAGACUUCCAGGCGGAUGUUCGAGGAUUGCAGAAGCCCGUGAUACAGUCCAGCAAUGUUCAGUUUAGCCCGAGCCCGUUGUCGGGACGAACUCGCGCAAAAGUCAAAGCGAAAAGUAUCCAACAACGGGAAGGUCCAGGCCAAGGUGCACCAGAGACUCCCUCUAAACCGCCAAAGGGACUUUUCCAUGGCCGGGGCAUGACUAUGAUGAUGGAGGAAGGUGAAGAUCUGGACUUGGACAUCGGUGGACUUAACUUAGCCGAAGCUCCAACAAGGCCGAUGAAAAUAUCGCCAUAUCCCCCUGCCCCCAAGGAUGCGUCCAUACUACUCGAGCGCACAGAUGAUGAAGAGACUGUUGGUUUUCCCUCCUGA